AUGGUUCAGUCACCGAUGCUUGCGUGUCCGCUUAAGCAGACCAGCGAGAUUGAUUGGAUCCAGCCCCUCAAGGAUUACAUCCGACAGACAUAUGGCGAGGACCCGGAGCGCUAUACCCAAGAAUGUACCACUCUCAACCGUCUCCGACAAGACAUGAGAGGUGCUGGCAAUGAUAGCGCCACUGGGCGCGAUCUUUUGUACCGAUAUUACGGACAGCUGGAGCUAUUAGAUCUUCGGUUCCCCGUCGAUGAGAAUCACAUCAAGAUCUCGUUCUCAUGGUACGAUGCUUUUACUCACAAACUUACCUCCCAAUACUCCCUGGCCUUCGAGAAAGCUUCUAUCAUCUUUAACAUCUCCGCCGUUCUUUCCUGCCAUGCUGCCAACCAGAAUCGAGCUGAGGAUGUCGGCGUCAAGACUGCAUACCAUUCUUUCCAAGCAUCCGCGGGUAUGUUCACGUACAUCAAUGAAAAUUUCCUGCAUGCGCCGUCGACCGACCUAAACCGGGAUACCGUCAAGACCUUGAUCCAUGUAACACUUGCCCAGGCGCAGGAGGUAUUUCUCGAAAAGCAGAUCGCGGAUGCGAAGAAGUCUGGAUUCCUGGCGAAGUUGGCUGGUCAGGCUGCCUAUCUAUAUGCCCAGGCGGCGGAAACAAUGCAGGACUUUGUCAGCAAGAACGUCUUCGAUAAGGUGUGGUCGAUUGUAGUGCAGGCAAAGGGGGCGCACAUGAGUUCCGUCGCGUCCUACUACCAGGCCAUUGCCGACAGCGAGAGCGGAUCUCAUGGCGUUGCCAUUGCUCGGCUGAAACUGGCUGACAAGCAGUCUACAACUGCUUUGAGCUGGGCCAAAUCAUUUCCGUCCUCGGCUCCCGCAACGUCGAAUCUGCCAGCAGAUGCGGGAGGCAAUCUGGUCGACCUCAUCAAGCACAAUCAGGCCAAUGUGCAGGCCCAACUGGAUACUUUGAUCAAAGACAACGAUUUUAUCUACCACCAACCCGUGCCGAGUGAGGCCGGGCUCUCGCCCGUUGCCAAGCUUCCGGCGGCGAAGGCGAUCCCCGUGAGCGAGCUAUACCAAGGGCAGGAUAUUCAGCGCAUUAUCGGACCUGAUAUAUUCCAGAAACUGGUUCCUAUGUCCGUCACAGAGACGGCUAGUUUGUAUGACGAGGAGAAAGCCAAGCUGGUUCGUGCAGAGACUGAAAAGGUCGAGACUGCCAACGGUGAAAUGGCGGCCAGUUUAGAUUACUUGAAGCUUCCCGGAAGUCUUAACAUUCUCAAGGGUGGAAUGGACCAAGAAAUGACUGUAGAUGAGGAGUUUCGCCGCUGGUGCUCAGAGCUUGCUGGACAUACAUCAUUCCACCGGGCAUUUGACGAACUACAGGAGCGAAAGACGGAAGUCCUGUCGCAGCUGGAUCAAUGCUCAAAGCAGUUGGAUUUGGAAGAGAGCGUGUGUGAGAAGAUGCGCUCCAAGUAUGGUGGUGACUGGAGUCAGCAGCCCAGUGGUCGCUUGAACACUACCCUCCGAGGGGAUGUUCGCACAUACAGAGAUACAAUCAGUGAAGCCAGUGCGAGUGAUACUCAGCUGUCGUCUACACUACGGCAGUACGAGGGAGACUUUGAUCAGAUGCGCUCUGCAGGAGAAACGGAUGAAGCCGACAUUCUAUUCCAGCAAGCCCUUAUCAAGGCUGGUUCCAAGCAUAAUAAAGGUAAAAAUGGGGUCAGCAGCCCUGCCGAAGGCAGUCUCUUAGACGACGUCUAUAAUGAAGGUAGUGCAUCUGUCGCGGGACAGAUCGCCAAGGUGGAGGAAAUCUUGAAGAAGCUCAAUCUUGUCAAGAAGGAGCGAUCCCAAGUACUCAAAGAUCUUAAAGAAAAGGUCCACACCGACGAUAUCUCAAAUGUGUUGAUUCUGAAUAAGAAGUCUAUUACCGGCCAAGAAACUCAACUCUUUGAGGCCGAAUUGGAGAAGUUCCGCCCGCAUCAAAACCGGUUGUUGCAGGCGAGCCACAAGCAGUCAUCUUUGAUGAAGGAACUCACCAAGACGUACGCCGACUUGCUGCAGGACAAGCGGGUUCAAUCCGAACAGUCCAAAUAUGAGGGCAUCACACGACAAAGGAAUUCGGUGAUGGCUCGAUACAAGAAAGUGUAUGAGGCAUUCAACGGUCUUUCGUCAGGUAUUGUCCAGGCUCGAACCUUCUACAAAGAUAUGGCCGAGAAUGUUGAGAGCCUGCGGAAGAAUGUCGAAACUUUCAUUAGCAACCGCCGAUCCGAGGGCGCCCAGCUUUUGAGCCAGAUUGAGCGCGACAAAGCCAGCGGUGUCUCGGAGCAAGAGGAUCAGGAGCGAGAGAAACUUCGUCAGCUGAUGGAGCGACUGUCAACCGAGCCUAAGCCAGCGUCAACUUCGCCAUCUACAAGACCUCCCACGGCACCUUCCAAGGUGAAGUCACCGCCGCCUCCGGUUCAAACGCCGGCAUAUGGAACAGGUCCAUCCCCGAAGCCGUCACCUCGCUACCCACCAACCAUGCCACCUCCACACGGUGUACCUCUGUCACACUCCCCGGCACCUUAUGGACAAUACGUGGGCAUAGGAGCCAACUCGGCCAUGCCGUACGCGUCUGGCCAGCAGGGCUUCCAGCAAGGCGCCGCGGCCCCGCUCUCUGAAGGCUACAACCCAAUGGCAUACCCAUACCAAACCCCCGUCUCCCCACCACCGAACCAGCAAUUCUUUUCUCAGACCCCCACUCCAUAUGGAUACCCUAGUGCCAGUCCUGCGCCUUCCGCUGCUACAGCUGGUACUCCAUCGCACUACAUGGCUCCAGGCUACAUCCCUCCCCCACCCCCUCCACGCCCUCAGCAACCCAGCUACCCACCUUCCGCCGGCCCUUACCCCUCCGGACCUGGCGGGUAUGCCCAACCCAGAGGGUACGGACAUCACAAGACUCCUUCCCAAUCCCAGCCCCAGUCAUCUACCAAUGAUCCCUGGUCCGGACUCAAUGCCUGGAAAUAG